CCACAUACCAAUCUUUACAGUGACCAUCCUUUCUAUAUCGUGAUGGAAAACAGUGGUCAUUCACAUGGUGUCUUUCUUAAGAACAGUAAUGCCAUGGAUAUUGUUUUGCAGCCAGCGCCAGCAUUAACCUAUCGUACUAUUGGUGGUAUUCUCGACUUCUACAUAUUCCUGGGACCGACUCCAGAUUUAGUGAUACAACAGUAUACUGAAGUUAUUGGACGUCCAUUCAUGCCGCCCUACUGGAGUCUAGGGUUCCAUCUUUGUAAAUAUGGAUAUGGAACAGCAGACGCUACCUUCUCGAUUGUGGAAAAGAUGAGAGAGUUGGCAAUCCCUCAAGAUGUUCAAUGGAAUGAUAUUGAUAGCAUGGAUAAAUUCAAGGAUUUCACGAUUGAUUUGGAUAAUUUUGCACUAUUGCCAGAUAUGAUUGAUAACAUUCAUAGAAAUGGUCAGCAUUAUGUUAUCAUGUUGGAUCCUGCCAUUAGCAGUUCACAGCCUAAGUUCACAUAUGCACCAUUUGAUGACGGCAUGGCAAUGGACGUGUUCAUUAAGAAUGCUACCGAUCAAUUACUUAUCGGAAAGGUGUGGCCUGGCAACACAGCUUUCCCCGACUUCACAAAUCCUGUGACUCAUGAGUGGUGGGCUAAACAGAUUAGUAAAUUUCACAAACUAAUUAAAUUUGACGGCAUAUGGAAUGACAUGAAUGAACCAUCUAAUUUUGUGUUUGGUUCCAUUGAUGGUUGUCCUGGUAACAAUACUUAUGAGAAUCCACCCUAUCUACCUUCUGUUGAAGGCGGUGCCUUGGCGUCUAAUUCCAUUUGUGUCAGUGCAAAACAGAACUGGUCGGUUCACUACAAUGUACAUAAUUUAUAUGGAUAUUCUGAAACUAUGGCAACACAUAAUGCACUGAUUCAAGUUAGAAGCAAAAGACCUUUUGUGUUAUCAAGAUCCACAUUCCCUGGCAGUGGUCAGCAUACAGCGCAUUGGACUGGGGACAUUACAAGUACUUGGGACCAGAUGUACCAUACAAUACCUGCAAUGUUGAACUUCAAUAUGUUUGGUAUACCAUUGGUUGGAGCUGAUAUCUGUGGUUUCGGUGGUAACACAACUGAGCCACUUUGUCAGCGAUGGCAGCAGUUAGGAGCAUUUUAUCCAUUUGCUCGAAAUCAUGCCUCAAUUGCCUCUAUGCCUCAAGAUCCUACUGUCUUUAGUAAAGCUAUGCAAGAUUCUACCAGAAAGGUUCUAUUAACUCGUUAUCGAUUGCUACCCUAUCUUUAUACACUCUUCCAUAGAGCUAAUAGACAUGGCAGUACAGUGGCCAGACCAGUAUUCUUUGAAUAUCCAUCUGAUGUGAUGACAUAUGCUCUUGAUACGCAAUUCAUGUGGGGUGAAGCAUUGAUGAUUACACCAGUAUUAAAUGAAAAUGCUACGUCAGUCACUGCCUACUUUCCACAGGAUAUCUGGUAUGAUUAUUACACUGGUUCUGUCGUCAAAUCUGGUUUACAAAAACUAGAUGCUCCAAUGGAUACAAUAAAUUUACAUGUUCGUGGAGGAUACAUCAUACCAAUGCAAUACCCCGAAACAACCACAACCGAAAGUAGGAAAAAUAAAUUCUUAUUGUUAGCAGCUUUGUCAUUAACAGGGGAAGCUCAUGGCAUGUUGUUCUGGGAUGAUGGCGAUAGCUUAGAUACUUUUCAAAAUAAGGAAUAUGAAGCAAUGAAAUUCACUGCGAGUAACAACACUAUUGUGUCCGAGAUUGAAAAUGAUGGUUACCCUGGAGCAAGUACUAUGAUGUUGGGUCAAGCAUUUGUGUAUGGAGUCAAGAGUAAACCGAACCAAGUAAUCGCCAAUGGUGUUAUAGUGCAGUAUAGAUAUGAUGUCAUCAAUAAGGUUGAUCUUUUACCAGAUCCAUUUGAGGCAUUGACUUUUUAA